AUGGCGGCGCCUGCGAGGCGGUCCUUGCUGCGGGUGGCGCCGCGCUGGUGGCGGCUGGAGAGGCGCUCGGCCGGCCUGCUGGGUGUCCGCGGCUUGGCCGUCGAGGCCGCCCCGUCUCCCAGAGGCUCCCCAUGGCGUCUGCUGGGUGCGUUGUGCCUGCAGCGGCCGCCGCUGGUCUCGAAGCCGCUGACCCCGGUGCAGGAGGAGAUGGCUGCGCUGCUAAAGCAGAUCGAGAUAGAGAGAAGCCUGUAUUCUGACCAUGAGCUUCGAGCUCUGGAAGAAGCCCAGCGACUGGCAAAGAAGAAAGCCGACCUCUACGAUGAGGAUGACCAGGAGAUACUGCUGGUGCAGGAUUUGGAAGAUAUGUGGGAGCAGACAUCCUUGCAGUUCAAACCCGGAGCUCGCAUAACAGAAGCUGAUACGAAGAAUGACCAGAGCUCACUGCAUCGGAAGCUAGACAGGAACCUUAUCCUGCUAGUCAAAGAGAAGCUCGGAGACCAGGAUAUCUGGAUGCUGCCCCAGGCAGAGUGGCAGCCCGGGGAGACCCUCCGGGGAACAGCUGAGCGAGUCCUGACCACACUCUCCGAAAACAACAUUGAAGCCAAAUUCCUAGGAAAUGCACCUUGUGGUCACUACAAGUUCAAGUUCCCUCAGGCAGUGCGGACAGAGAGCAACCUUGGGGCCAAAAUCUUCUUCUUCAAGGCACUCCUGCAAACUGGAGACUUUCCCCAGCCCCCAAAGCAGAGCCAGCACGCGUGGGUCUGCAAGGAGGAGCUGGGUAACUAUUUGAAACCCAAAUACCUGGCCCAGGUUAGCAGGUUUCUUUUGGACUUAUGACUGGCUGAGCCACUGUGGACAGAGCUCAAGCAUGUCUAGGAUUGGUACUCAGGACUUGGUGUGGUCACCAACUGGCUGAAAAAUAAACAGAUUUGUUACUGUG